AUGGUUCUUGCUGCUUCAAUCUAUGUUCUUUGGAGGGAAAGGAAUUCCAGAAUUUUUGCAAUGAGUAUAAAAGGAAUUGAUAUAGACUGUGUAUUCUUCAUAAUAUCAGGGCUGUCGUUUGGAUUUCUUGGUGCUGUAGCUGGAAGUUGUUCUGUUAUCAAGAUUAGUACUCCAAUUCUUGUAUUCUCAAGUCUUGUUCUGUUUUUUACAUUUAGGGAACUUGAUAUUAUUAGGCCACUGACCUGUUGGUAUUCUUGUAAUGGUUUAGUACUAUUGGAUUUGGAUCAUUGCAAGUUGGUUUUGUGGAAUCCAUCCACCGGAGCAUAUAAAGAGUUGCCAUGUUCAUUUCAUAAUGCAUACUAUUACUUUGGACUAUGUUAUGAUUCUUCCAUUGAUGAUUACAAGGUGGUUCUUAUCAGUAUGAUUGGUGAUAAGAACCACCCUUUCAAAUUUAUUUAUUUGGUUUUCUCUCUCAAGGGCAAUUCUUGGACAGAGCCUAGAAAAUUUAGGCAUUUUGUUUACGGUGGUGAAAUUGGGAUUAAUGUGAAUGGAAUGUUUCACUUGAAGGUCAAACCCUCUUUUGAGUACCAUGGCGGAAGAGAAUUUAGGAUUGUUUUCUUUGAUCCGGUGAAUGAAAACUUCAAGAUGGUGCCAGUACCACCAGCGUGUAGAUCUAAAGGGGAUAGAUUUCGUUUGAUAGAUGUGAAAGGAUGCCUUGGUUUAUAUUGCAAUACUUAUAAUGGCGAUGACGGACAUCAGGUUGUGGUGUGGGUAAUGAAUAAUCAUCAUCCCUAG